AUGUUACCACGAUUACUACGAAGCUCGAGGGUCUUGCCUAGGUUGAGAGUAAGCAACAUAAAUAAUGCGAGGAAUCUUGUCCAGAGGAGAACCCUAGUUGCAGCGCCAAAAGUUGGAGAUGGUCCAUUGAUGGAGAGGAGAGGGGAUCGGGAAUUACCAGACAUUCCUGAAAAUGGCAUGAAAUGGGUCCGAUCUAUUCCCAUAUUCCUCGUCGUUCUAAUCUCCAGUACCCUCGCCAUUUUCAACUACCAAAAGUCCUCGUCCUCCGUUGUAUCAUCCACUCUCUACGCCCUCCGCACAUCACCUAAAGCGCGCGAGUUCCUCGGCGAUGAGAUAUAUUUUGCGCAUAAGAUGCCGUGGAUUUGGGGAGAAAUGAAUCAAUUGCAUGGUAGAAUUGACAUUCAGUUUGAGGUUAAGGGAACGAAGAGAAGUGGAACAAUGAAAUUUACGAGUCAUAGAGCCACAAGACAGGGCAUGUUUGAGACGACAGAGUGGAGCUUAGAGGGUGGGGAGGGGGAGGAGAAGGUUAAGAUUGAUCUUUUGGAUGGUGCGGAUCCGUUUAAGGGAAUUGAGGAUGUGGAGGAGAGGUCAGCGGAACCAGGUAGAGGAAGUUAUGCGCCCACUUUGUCAGGAUAG